AUGACUUCUGUCUCUCUAGUGAGAGUCUCAGAGCUUCAAGUGUUGACAGAUUUCAUCAAGGCUGAGGAGGUUUCUCUUGCUCAUCUGCAAAAGGAGGUGAAACAGAUAAAGAUGUCAGUGUCAGAGACUUCAACAGUGAAGAAUGAGUUUGAUGAGAGUGUGAUUAUUGAUGAGUAG